AUGGUUCGUGGCAUCUCUGUGGCCGAGCAGACUGCACAUCGGCUAUGGGACGACUUUCAUGCCUUUCUGAAGCUGGAGAAUGUCGUCGAGCUCUCAGUCGGAGUUAUCGUUGGAGGUGCAUUUUCCAACAUCAUGUCUUCGUUCAUAAGAGACCGUCGUGCUGUACCUGCUGAUUGCGUUAGUACUUUGAUAGAUACGGCCUCCCAGAUGGAAAACAACUUUUCAAUUCUCAAGUGUCCCGCAAAUGCAACAGAGUGUUCGGGCUCAUGGUACAAUACCGUCAACCAGGCCCACGAUGCUGGUGCCAUCACCUUGAACUGGGGUAGAUUUUGUCUUUCGGUUAUGAACUUUUUCUCGCUAUCGGUGGUGCUCUGGAUCCUGAUGAAGCUCUAUGUCAAGGCGUUUCGCCGCAAGAACAAGAAGCGCGACGAAACAUCGGAAGAGAAGAAACGAUGCGAGUUUUGCCUCAUCGAAAUUCACGCUCUGGCCAGCCGCUGCCCACACUGUACCUCUAUUCUCCUCGACAACGGGGCGACAUCCAUGGGCCAUAAGAGUCACAGCAACGUCAACUUGAUCGACCUGAACCCAGGAAGGAGAGAGGACUAGUCCAGUCAAGCGUCGAUCCUCGCCCUCG